AUGGCUUCAACGUCCAUCCCGCUCACCACACUCGCUGGACCCUCUCACUUUCUGCACGAACAACCGCCGCCACCUGACUCGCCGACGGAUAUACAGGAUGUCUUCUCUGAUGGACCUGGAAUCCUAAGAGGUUCUGCUUCCGGAGAGAACGAACCCAUCACCACCACGAGCUCACGCGCGCCUGCGUGGAAGCGCGAGCUAUACGCGCUCCUUGAGCACCCAACUUCUUCACCUGCUGCUUUCGUGGUCCACAUAUUCUCCACUGGUUUGAUCUUGCUGUCGGCUCUGGUCACGAUACUCGAGACUGUACCACAAUUCCAUGAAAUAUCGAGCGGGACAUGGUUUGGGCUGGAAACAAGCUUGGUUGCGCUGUUCACUAUAGAAUAUAUCGCUCGAUGUGUCGCCUGGAGUCUAUCGUGGAGAACGUUGGCACAAUGGGUUGGCUCGUUCUUCGGUAUCAUCGACCUGCUUGCCAUUGUACCUUACUAUGUCGAGAUUGCUUUGCAUCAAGAUACUUCUUCCCUAUUCAGGUUCUCCAUCUUGAGAACCUUCCGUCUACUCCGUGUCUUCAAAGCAUUCCGUUACAACAACGUACUGCUACUGACUAUUGAAGUCAUGUUUUUAUCAUUCCGACGCUCACAACACGCCCUGCUCGCCCUAGGUUUCUUCGUAGGAAUGGUCUUAAUCGUGUUCAGCACGUUGCUGUACUUCAUCGAACGCGGCACUUGGGAUGAGAACCUCGACGCUUUCAUCAAUGCCGAUGGAGACGUCAGCCAGUUCGCCUCCAUCCCAGCCGCUGGAUGGUUCGUGAUCGUCACAAUCACUACAGUAGGAUAUGGGGAGAUCACGCCACGAAGCUUCCUCGGGCGCUUGAUCACCCUUCCAUUACUAGUCUUCGGCCUACUUCUUAUCGCGUUACCGAGCUUCGUGCUGGGACGCGAGUUCAGCUUAGUAUGGAACGAAAUGACGAAGGAUUCUGAUGUCUUCCAGACUACGCCACCCCGUUCUCCCCGUCUAGUGCCGCAAACUCCGCCGGCACCGUCUCGACGAAGUACAAGCAUCGAUCCCAGAUCGGCUUCCCCUCAACGCGGGCGAUAUGGCGAUCGACUUACGCCGCGCGAUCUGUCAAAUCGCAAGCUUGCGCAGAAUCAGACGGAGCUGUUCCAGCAGAUUGCAGAUCUGAAAUCUGUCAUCGAGCAGCAGGGCGCGAUGUUGCGCAUGCUUGUGGAACGAGAGAAGGCGGAAGGGCGGACGUAG